AGCAAAGAAAACAAAGCCGACAGUAACAAGAUUAUAAUUAUUAAUAACAACAACAACAAUAAUAAUAAUAAUAACAGCGAUGCAGGUUUUGGUGAACGCCUUCUUGCGCUUUCUCUCCUUCCUACUUCCUCCCUCUUGGCUCCAGCUCGCGUUUCGGUGGUGGGUUGGGGGAGAUGAGUGCGGAGGCUCUCCGUGGCCCAAUCGCGGCGCUCCAUUCGCGCGCAGAAAGCCUCUUAUUGCGCACGAGGAAGUGGACUCCCGUCCUCUCGGUUGUGUCUCUCUCGCCGUCGUUCCUGCGCCCUCCGCCGCCACCGCUGUCACCUCUCCUCCUCCUCCUCCUCCUCCUCCUGCCGCGGCUCCUCUUGCGGACGGCCGGGGAUUUCCGUGGCGCCGAAUCCGGGAAGCCGCGGAUCUCGUCCUGGCAGCUCCGUUCGUUAUUUCCGAGCGCCGGUGCCGAGAAGCGCGAAGCUCUCUGUCGCCGUGCGAUCACCCAGGAGGAGGCGCAAUCGAGGACACAGAAGCACCGUGUAGAGCGCGCUGGUCCGCUACGGUCAUGAGCGCGGCUACGGAGCUGUCGAACCCGGUGGAGGUCAUGGGCGCCGCCGCAGGCUUCACGGACCAACGCUUGCGCGAGAUGGGGACUCCGGUAACCAUCACUGUGGCCAUCCAGGCGGCGGAGGACGAGGAGCCCGACGAAGAGGAGACGAUCAACAGUGAAGACGAAAUUGUGAGGCACGAGAAGUCGAGUGGUGCCGGCACGAGUGGUGGAGAGUUGGAGGAGGAGAGCUGGCAGCCCCCGGAUGCUGAACUUACCCAGAAGCUCAUAGCUCAGAUCGAGUACUACCUGUCUGACGAGAACCUGGAGCACGACGCCUUCCUGCUCAAGCACGUCCGGCGCAAUAAGCUUGGCUUCGUCAGCGUCAAGCUGCUUACAUCUUUCAAGAAGGUAAAGCACUUGACCAGGGACUGGAGGACGACGGCAUAUGCACUGCGCCAUUCCACCCUGCUGGAGCUGAACGAAGAAGGUCGGAAAGUUCGCCGCAGGACAAGCGUGCCGGUGUUUGCCAGUGAGUCUCUGCCCAGCCGCAUGCUGCUACUGAGUGAGCUACAGCGUUGGCCUGAGCUAGGUGUGGCUCUGGCAGGUGGGGGCGGGGCCGGAGACGGGAGCCCUGGGGCAAACCCAGCCCAGCAAGAGCGGCUCAUGGAGCUUCUACUCAAGGCCUUUGGCACUUACGGCCCGAUCGCCUCGGUGCGUGUGCUGAAGCCUGGCAAAGAUCUGCCACCUGAUCUGAAGAAGCUAAGUGGGCGCUACUCACAGCUGGGCACUGAGGAGUGCGCCAUCGUCGAAUUUGAGGAGGUGGAGGCAGCUGUGAAAGCCCAUGAGGCCAACUCUGGCCAGCAGGGAGAUGGGAAUGGCUCAAUGGGGCUCAAGGUUGUGCUGAUUGGCACCAAGCCACCUAAAAAGAAGGUACCCAAGGAGAGGCAGCGGGAGGAGAAUGGAAAUGCAGGUGGAGGGGGAGGAAUACGCAAGAGCCGCUCGCUGAACAGCCGCGUACGUGAGCUUCAGUAUCAUGGAGACGACUCUGCCUGCAGUUCCUCCGAAACAGAAAGCAACCCCACCUCACCUCGGCUCGGCCGCAAGUCGCGUUCAUGCAACAAGUUGAGUCCUGGUGGCUUCCACUUAAGCCCAGCCGUGUCUCCUCGCUCCAGUCCAUGGAACAGCCCACGAGCCAGCCCUUGUGCUCAACGCAAAGCACCACCUAAUGCCCGCUCACCCCUGGCCAGUGAAGGCAGGUUGAGCCCUGAAGCUGGUCGCCGCUGGGCUGAUUAUUCCUCGGACAGCAGCUUGACUCCUUCAGGAAGCCCGUGGGUGCAGCGCAGGAAGCAGGUGGCCAGUCAGGAGAGCAGCCCAGUGGGGAGUCCCAUGCUGGGCAGAAAGAUCCAGAACGCAGACGGCCUUCCCCCUGGUGUUGUGCGUCUGCCCAGGGGGCCGGAUGGCACUCGUGGGUUUCACGCAGUCUUGGUGGCAGAACGGGGCAAAACUGCAGCCACUCAAACCUGACUUGAGCAAGGGAGAGCCUCACUUCUCCCAAACCUGCAGCACUGAACUAUAGCAGUGAGGUUUAAGCAUCAUAGACCACAAUGUCAUCAAGGCGAAGCAUCAUUUUGCAAAAAUGGGCCACUGAUCUACUGCAGUCUGUUUUUGAUUAAUUUGUAAUACCUUUUUUAUAUGGAUAUUUCCUUUUGGAUUUUGUUUUAUAUGGACAUUCUAAACAGACUUGGUUUUGGUAUUACAAGUAAGGAAUGAGUGCAAAUGUCACUUCCAUACUGGAUUAAAAGUUUAUUUUUGUUUUGAUGUGGACUGAUGUGGUGAUUUAGGCAUGUGGAUUUGAUGGAUCACUUUAAUGCCUUGUUGCACCCUAAAAGAAGCAGCAAUGAAAAAUUCUGUGGCCAUAGGUUCUUUCCUGGAAUUAGGCUUGAAUAGUAAUCACUUAAUAAAAUGGUUGUUCGUUGUUUUUUUUUUUGUGUUUUUUUGUUUUUUUUUUUUACAUUUUAUUUGCUUUUUAUUUUUCCUGCCUUUUCUGGGCUAUAGAGUUCUUUUUAAGGGAUUACUACUUUAGCAGGAAUGUGGUGCAUGGAGUAUGAAUCCUUAUCUGAAGCCCUAUCUGUGUUUUCAGUGUAGGCUGUAAGAGAUGGGAGGUAGUGAGGCAUCUAGCCUGGCUCCAGCAUGUAAAUAUGCUUUGCUUUUGCCUUUACAGUCGAGGCAACAUAGUGCACAUUUCAUACUGUACAAAAUAAAUCACUGCAAUGCCAUUCA